AUGCCGUCCCCAAGAGCCUCCGCGUGUAUGGCUAUGAUUCUAGUUGGCGUCGUUAGCGGUUACGUCACGUCAAGUACAAAGCGACCCAUGACUUCACUUGCUACAGCUUCAUUGUUUGGGCGGGACCACUCAAGCUUGAACUGGUGCGGUGCCGUUCAGUACUCUAGCCAAGUGACAUUUGUCGAGGGAACAUGGACAGUACCAUCUGUUUCGAUUCCAAAUGGAAACUUAUCGACUGAUCAGUAUUGGUUCUAUCAAUGGGUUGGAAUUGACGGCGUAUUUCCUUGCGAAGUCCUUUUGCAAGGUGGAACUGGUACCAUUGGGUCCAUUCCGAAAUGGAGUCUUGUUCUUACGGAAAACUUUACAGUCCAUGUUGGCGAUGUAGUGUAUGUGAGUGUAGAAGCCACAUCCCCGAAAACUGGGACUAUUUGCAUCGAUAAUCUCUCCACGGGCGAGUCCCAAACAUUCAAUCCUGUAUCACAGAACGGGUCUCUCUGCCAAAAGACCGCGGAGUGGAUUGCAGAGGACCCCGGCAUCACAGUUCAACCAUUCCCAUCGUUCUCAGCCUUUAACCUCAUCAGCUGCAAAGCAACAACAGGCAGCGGGUCCGUGAUCACCCUCGACGGGGCAGAGCUUUGGGAGAUGAACCAGAACGGUCGGAGGCUUUGCCACGCUGAAGUAAACAGCAACUCAGAUUUAACCGUGUUCAAUGGUUAA